CCCAUUUUAAGGCCUCGUUGUGUUUCCUUCACGCUGAGUGGCUCCUUCGGCCCCACCGCGGGGUUAUAAAGGCGGGUGGGACGCGCUGAGCUGCGCUACGGGGCGACAUGGCGGCUGCGAUCAUCGUCAUGAUGGCAAUGGGGGCCGUGUUGCAGGUGGUGGUGACUGAGCCGCCCCACGAUGACCAACGGGACGUGGCUGCUGGGAGCCCCUGGGAGCAGCAAUGGCAGCUGCUGCAGGACGGCUCGGCCGUGUGGGAUGAAGGGGACGCAAUGGGACCAGGCAAGAUGAAAUGCAGCGCCUGCGUCAAACUGGUGAAGAAGCUGCAGAAGAUCGUUGGUGACGACCCCGAUGAGGAGGCCAUUGGCACAGCACUGGGCCAGGUCUGCGGUACGAAGAGAAUCCUGAAGGGGAUCUGCAGGCAGCUGGGGAAGAAGCUCCGGCAGCAGCUCAGCGACGCGCUGCAGGACGACAGCGAUCCCCGCUCUGUGUGCACCACCCUGGGGCUGUGCAAGGGCUGAGCGCGGCCAGAGCCCACAUCCUGUGCCCCACAUCCUGUGCUGCAGCCCCACAUCCUGUGCCACAGCCCCACAUCCUGUGUGCAGACCCCACAAUGCAGAUAUACAGCCCCGUCCCAGCCUUAACCUGCACCCCAUUCCCACGCAAUAAAGCUGCUCAUCUCAUUGCCCCUUC